CCCAGUCGGGUCGUUAUUGUGCUUUUUGUUCCGGAAUAGGCGGGUCGGGUCCAAAGGCUUAUUCGCCUUUCUUUUUCUCCCAUAGAUUCUCCGCGUAUGGACCCUAAAAGCUACCGCUGCUGCUGCUGCUGCUGCGGACCUAGACAGUUACUGUCUCAGCUUUAGGAUGUACGCUCUUCCACUGGAAGUUCUUCCAAGGGACCGAGGCAAUUAAAAAACAGUGGAAUGGAAAGGAAUUAUUGUGGUCAUCCCAUGUUAAGCGCCUCUUCAGCAAUGUAUACAUUCCUGCUGGGGGCCAUAUUCAUUGCUUUAAGCUCCAGUCGCAUCCUACUUGUAAAAUAUUCAGCCAAUGAAGAGAACAAAUAUGAUUAUCUUCCAACUACUGUGAACGUGUGCUCAGAACUGGUGAAGCUGGUUUUCUGUGUGCUUGUGUCAUUCUGGGUUCUAAAGAAAGAUCAUCAAAAUAGAAACUUGAGAUGUGGUUCCUGGAAGGAAUUCUCUAAUUUCAUGAAGUGGUCCAUUCCUGCCUUUCUUUAUUUCCUGGAUAAUUUGAUUGUCUUCUAUGUCCUUUCCUAUCUUCAGCCUGCCAUGGCUGUUAUCUUCUCAAAUUUUAGCAUUAUAACAACAGCUCUUCUAUUCAGGAUAGUGCUGAAGAGGCAUCUAAACUGGAUACAGUGGGCUUCCCUCCUGAUUUUAUUUUUGUCUAUUGUGGCCCUCACUUCUGGGACUGAGACCUCACAGCAUAACCGGGCAGGACAUGGAUUUCAUCACGAUGCCUUCUUCAGCCCAUCCAAUUCCUGUCUUCUUUUCAGAAGUGAGUGCUCCAGAAAAGACAAUUGCACAGCAAAGGAGUGGACUUUUUCUGAAGCUCAGUGGAAUACCACGGCCAGGGUUUUCAGUCAUAUCCGUCUUGGCUUGGGCCAUGUUCUUAUUAUAGUCCAGUGUUUUAUUUCUUCGAUGGCCAAUAUCUAUAAUGAAAAGAUACUGAAGGAAGGGAACCAGCUCACUGAAAGCAUCUUUGUACAGAACAGCAAACUCUAUUUCUUUGGCGUUCUUUUUAAUGGGCUGACCCUGGGCCUUCAGAGCAGUAACCGUGAUCAGGUUAAGAACUGUGGGUUUUUUUAUGGCCACAAUGCAUUUUCAGUAGCCCUUAUUUUUGUAACUGCAUUCCAGGGCCUCUCGGUGGCCUUUAUUCUGAAGUUCCUGGAUAACAUGUUCCAUGUCUUGAUGGCCCAGGUCACCACUGUCAUCAUCACAACGGUGUCUGUCUUGGUCUUUGACUUCAGGCCCUCCCUGGAGUUUUUCUUAGAAGCCCCAUCAGUUCUUCUCUCCAUAUUUAUUUAUAAUGCCAGCAAGCCUCAAGGUCUGGAAUACGCACCUAGGCAAGAAAGGAUCCGAGAUCUAAGUGGCAGUCUUUGGGAGCGCUCCAGUGGGGAUGGAGAAGAACUGGAGAGACUUACCAAACCCAAGAGUGAUAUUGAAUCAGAUGAAGAUACUUUCUAACUGGUACUCAGAUAGUUGGCAGCUCUCACAAACCUUAUCUUCACAUUUUCAGCAUGUGUGAUAUUUAUCUUUCCACUUUGAUAAACCAAGAACAUUUCUAAAGCAUAAAACUCUUUGCAUAUAUCUAACCGCUCCCUAAAUAAUUCCAGCCAAAGCUUAGAGUACCCAAAGGCUAAAAAGUUCUAAGGAAAUGACAUAAGAAUAAUAGUAUGGAGACUGCAUUAAUGGCCUGGUACUUAGUAGGUCAAGAUAUAUUUGCAGAUUAUUUUCCUUGUUCCUCCAUUCCAGAAAAUUUGUAAUAAUCAUGUUAGCUGUACCCUAUAAAUAUACAAAUAGAGAUCAGUUUGCCAGAUAUUCAGAAUUGUGUAGUUUACUCUGCAUGCCAUAGUCUUCCCUUUUUUAUCAUUAUAAAU